UGGGUCGCCCUGACGGAAAUCUUUGCCGACGUGCUGCAAGAUGCAGGCCUAGGCACAACGUGCCUAAUUAUUGACGCGCUCGACGAAUGCGCGACAGACUUACCAAAAUUGCUCAGUUUUAUCGCGAAGCAGUCGUCUGCGUCCUCUCGUGUCAAGUGGAUCGUAUCUAGUCGCAACUGGCCAGAUAUUAAGGAAGAACUGGAGCGUGCUGAGCACAAAAUGAGGCUCAGCCUUGAGUUGAACGCCGAGUCGGUGGCUGCAGCAGUAGAUGUGUUUAUCCGGCAGAAGGUGUGUCGCCUAGCCCAAGAGAAGCGCUACACGCCAGAGGUGCAAGACGCGGUGCUCCAGCACUUAAUGUCGAACGCGAACGACACUUUCCUCUGGGUUGCGUUGGUGUGCCAAGACCUCAAAGCGACGCCAAAGUGGGACGUGCAAGAGAAGCUAGCCCAGUUUCCGCCUGGUUUAGACUCACUUUAUAGGCAGAUGCUAGACCAGAUACGCAAGUCUAGUAGCGCUCGAAGAUGUCUGCGGGUGCUAGCAGUGGCUGCUGUCCUAUAUCGACCGGUCACAGUUAGCGAGCUAGUUAUAUUAACUAAGCAACUUGCAGACCUUGUUAAUGAUCUAGAGUCCGUGCGGGAGAUCGUUGGUCUCUGCGGAUCAUUCCUAACGCUGCGAGACGAUACGGUGUACUUUGUGCAUCAAUCAGCUAAGGACUUCCUUGUUACAAAAGCGUUAAACGACGUCUUUCUAGACGGUAUAGAAUGUGUGCAUCAAGAUAUCUUCGCGAAAUCACUUGCAAUUCUGCACGAGACACUACGCAGAGAUGUAUACAACCUUCAAGCGCCUGGAUAUGCUAUAGAAGACGUUAAGCCACUUCUUCCCGAUCCUCUAGCCGUGUCGCACUACCCAUGUGUGUACUGGGUUGACCACUUCUGCGACUCGAAACCUAGUGCUACUAAUCAAGAAAUCACUACAGCUAUAGACGUGUUUCUUAAGCAAAAAUAUCUCUACUGGCUAGAAGCGCUUAGUUUGUGCAGAAGCAUGGCCAAAGGGGUAGUCUCGAUGACAAGGUUAUGGGAUCUAGUCCAGGGACUUAGAGACACGGACGUAUUGAACAAGAUCGUGUACGAUGCACGACGGUUUAUUAUGUAUCAUAAGGAGGCGAUCGAGAACUAUCCUUUACAGGCAUACGCAUCUGCUCUGCUGUUCAGUCCAGCUGAUAGCAUA